AUGCCUAGACGGGAUGGUGGAUGGGAGAAUUCUGCCUGCCAAUGGGCUAACAUGAAUCCUACCUUGUCGCCCGAUUCCGGCACGCCCUGGGACGGGCUUGAUAUCCGUAUCCAGCUGGCGGCUGUGACUGGAUUCCUUUGUAUCCAUGGAAGCCACGGGUCCUGGCUAUUCGAACAUUUCAGCAAGGGGUUGGUUCAGCAGCAAGGAUCCGACGAGCAGGAUGUUCUAUACGGCAAACACUUUGCUGCCAAACCCAUCAGAAAACUAGUUAGUGCGAUCAGGCCCUGUACGAGACUCGCUUGUAGCCGGAUUACUCUGAUCACAGGGGCUGCCAUGCCUGGUUGCGGACACCUCCGCCUUGUACACCUGUGGGACGGCCACCUAUAG